AUGAAGACAAAGACCCCUUCCUCUGGACCCUUCAAGACCCCUUCCUCUGGACCCUUCAAGACCCCUUCCUCUGGACCCUUCAAGACCCCUUCCUCUGGACCCUUCAAGACCCCUUCCUCUGGACCCUUCAAGACCCCUUCCUCUGGACCCUUCAAGACCCCUUCCUCUGGACCCUUCAAGACCCCUUCCUCUGGACCCUUCAAGACCCCUUCCUCUGGACCCUUCAAAACCCCUUCCUCUGGACCCUUCAAGACCCCUUCCUCUGGACCCUUCAAGACCCCUUCCUCUGGACCCUUCAAGACCCCUUCCUCUGGACCCUUCAAGACCCCUUCCUCUGGACCCUUCAAGACCCCUUCCUCUGGACCCUUCAAGACCCCUUCCUCUGGACCCUUCAAGACCCCUUCCAAGCCCUGUAUACAUCCUUCGAGACCUAUUAUCGUGUAUGCAGCCCCAGCAAGCAACCUGUACCUAAACAGAGCGAGAAAAGUUAGCGACACAAAGUUAGGAGUUUAA